CAACCACAGAAUCAAAAUGACAGAAGAGAUCGGGUUGAUUGGUUCAUUCAACCAAUUGUUUACACUGUCUUUUUUCAAUGUAUUUUUAUUGAUAGUUUGUCUUGUUUCGUAUUUGUUGAUCCGCUACACAAUUACAUUCUUUACAAUUUACUUUAAAUUUAAACAUUUACCAGGAUAUGUCAGUUUUUUUCCUCCUCUGAUUGAUAGUAUGAUUCAUAGGAAGAUUUAUGUUCAUCACCUUUAUGAUUGUGCCCUAAAUUCAUUCAAGAAUAAUCCAAGUGCUAAAGUUGUUAAAAUUCAACUUGGAACUUUCAGCCAAAUUCACAUUUCAAAUGAUGAGAAUUUGAUUAGAGAAAUCCUUGUUAAAAAGUACAAGACUGUCUCAAAGGGAAACUUGUUCGAACCAGUUGGAAUAUUUGGUCCGAAUAUUUUCUCAGCCGAUUCCAAUGAUCCAAUCUGGAGAAAGCACAGAACUCUAGCAAAUCCAAUAUUCAGCAGUUCUUCUCACUUGAAGAACGUCUUUAGAGUUACUCUUGAAGAAUGCAAAAAGAUGAUCAAAUUUUGGAAAUCAAUUUAUGGCUCAGAAUCAGAUGGUACAAUUAGAAAGGUAAACAUUAGUAAUGAACUCAAAUCAAUAACUUUAGAUGUAAUUAAUAGAGUUGCUUUUGAUUAUGAUGUUGGAAUUUUUGAUAAGGAUGCUGCCCAUAGAGAUGGAAUUCAUGAUUGGAUCAAUAACUUACUCAAUGGUUUGAUCUAUAAUUUCGUACUACCAAAAUAUUUAUUGUCCAAGUCUGAAUUGUUAUCUGCUAUUUUUAUUGUCUUAUUUGCUGGGUUUGAGACAAGUUCAACUUCCUUAACUUUCAUGUUGAGAAUGUUGGCAAAGGAUCAAAAGCUACAAGAAGAAAUCUUGAAAGAAAUCAAUCAAGAAAUUGAUAAUAUCGAUGAUAUUACUUUUGAAAUUAUUACCAACAAAUUACCACUCUUGACAUCUUUCAUUAAGGAAGUAUUAAGAACCAAGACCCCAAUUGGUACUGGUGGAAGAAUAGUUCUAAAGAAGAAUGGUGAGGUAAUUGGUGGAGUUCAUUAUCCUAAAGAUACUCACAUUGGUGUUUCUUACUAUAGUCAACAUUAUUUUGCUAAAAAUGGACUUGAUGAAUUCAAUCCUUAUAGAUUUCUGACUACUAAAUCAGAUAGCUCAUCAAAUGAAUUGGAAAAAUCAGACAAUAAUGAAUUCGAAAAUGAUGGAAAAGGGCCAAUGGGUGAAUUGAGUAUUAAUUUGGCCACUGAUAAGCUUCUUCCUUUCUCUAUUGGUCCAAGAGAUUGCAUCGGUAAGAGAAUGGCACUAUUAGAAAUGAAACUAAUUCUAGUAUUUUUACUAAAGAAUUACAAGCUCAAAGUACCAAAAGGUCUUGAAACUCAACAAGAUAGUAUUAAGGAAACCUAUGUUGUCACAAGAACCAUCUUUGAACCAUAUCUAGUCGAUUUUGAAACAAGACUAUAAAACCUAUUCUUUCACAC